AUCGGAAUUCAUGCAGGUGUAGCAUGCGACAGGUAGCCUAGUCCCACAGGUGUGUAGCCACUGCUCUACAACGCAUUUGGAAGACCAGUUAUCCGGCAGUAGACCUGUUUUUGGAUAACAUGAAUGAGGAAGUAUGAGAACAAUCUGGGAACUCUAAUCAAUCAACUCAGGGAAGCAUCCACUGAAGGACUUGUGCAUAUCCUUUUCGCCUUUUAACAUGUUUUGGUCAGGCGUGAAACCCAGGAGGGGUGUAGAGAUGAUCGCAUUUGUAAUCGGUGUUUGCACCGUUUUAAGUCUUCCGUUCGGAUCUAAUGGAGAAGCAAUACCACAAAAACCCACGGGAGAUGUCAGUAUCAUGCCCCCGAUCAAACCUGCCGAUGGACCUCAAGCCUUUCCCGACGCGGAGAAAGCCAAUAUGCCCGUCUUUACAAUGGACUACCCCAGGAUACAGCUCCCCUUUGAGAUCACUCUUUGGGUUCUCCUCGCAUCAUUCGCUAAAAUCGGCUUCCAUGUGUACCACAAGAUCACCGUGUGGGUGCCAGAGUCGUGCCUGCUCAUCGCCAUCGGCCUGAUGGUGGGAGGCAUCAUGCACUCAGUGCACGAGGAGCCCCCCGCCGUGCUGAGCUCCAACGUCUUCUUCCUCUACAUGCUGCCCCCCAUCGUGCUGGACUCCGGGUACUUCAUACCCACCCGGGCCUUCUUCGAGAACAUCGGCACGGUGCUGUGGUUCGCGGUGGUGGGCACACUGUGGAACAGCAUCGGCAUCGGCAUGUCCCUGUUCGCCAUCUGCCAGAUUGAGGCGUUUGGCGUGCAGGACAUCAACCUGCAGGAGAACCUGCUGUUUGCCUCCAUCAUCUCGGCUGUGGACCCCGUGGCCGUGCUGAGCGUCUUCGAGGACGUGUCGGUCAACGAGCAGCUGUACAUCGUGGUGUUCGGGGAGUGCCUGUUCAACGAUGCCGUCACAGUGGUGCUGUACAACAUGUUUAGCUACGUGGCGGACAUGCCGGUGGUGGAGCCAGUGGAUGUAUUCCUGGGGGUGGCUCGCUUCUUCGUGGUGGGGCUCGGAGGCAUGGGCUUCGGCCUGCUGUUCGGCCUUGUGGCGUCCUUCACCACACGCUUCACCGGCAACGUUCGGGCCAUCGAGCCCCUCUUCAUCUUCAUGUACAGCUACCUGGCCUACCUGGUGGCCGAGCUCUUUGCCAUCUCCUCCAUCAUGGCCAUUGUGACGUGUGCCAUCACCAUGAAGUAUUACGUGGAGGAGAACGUGUCUCAGCGCUCCUGCACCACCAUCCGCCACGUCAUCAAGAUGCUAGGCUCCAUCUCGGAAACGCUCAUCUUCUUUUUCUUGGGGGUGGUCACCAUAACGACGGAGCACGAGUGGAACUGGGGCUACAUCAUGUUCACGCUGCUGUUCGCCUUUCUGUGGAGAGGGCUGGGUGUGUUGGUGCUGACCCAGAUCAUCAACCCCUUCCGGACCAUCCCCUUCAACAUGAAGGACCAGUUUGGUCUGUCGUACGGGGGCCUGAGAGGAGCCAUCUCUUUCGCCCUGGCGUAUACCCUGCCCGACAACAUUGGCCGUCGGCAGCUUUUCAUCACGGCCACAAUCUGCAUCAUCAUCUUUACUGUGUUUAUACAGGGAAUCAGUAUCAGACCUCUGAUUGAGCUCAUCAACGUCCGCAGAACCAACCGCAACCUUGACACCAUCAAUUCGGAGAUUCAUUGCAGGGUAAUGGAGCACACGCUUUCUGGAAUCGAGGACCUCUGCGGACAGUGGAGUCACUACUACUGGAAGGACAAGUUCAUGAAGUUCAACAACCUCGUCCUCCGUAAGAUCCUGAUCAAGGACAAGCGGGCCGAGUCCAGCAUCGUGGCGUUGUACAAGAAGCUGGAGCUGCAGAACGCCAUGGAGAUCCUGGACACUGUGACCGGGGACCUCAGUGCAGCGCCCUCCCUCGUCUCUCUAUACGAGGAGAAGAAGGGCCAGGCCAGUAAUCCGAAGAAGAAGUUCGGGAGGGCUGACCUGAGGAGCAUGCAUGACCUGCUGUCCAAAAACAUGUACAAGAUCAGACAGCGGACGGUGGCGUACACUAACAGGAAUGCGCUGCCCAACGAGAGCCAGAGCAAGGAGAUCCUGAUCCGACGCCACGCCAGCAUCAGACGCAGCAUCCGCCCCGGGAGCUUCCAGAACGAGCCGGUUCCAAAAUCUCAGAAGUACUUCUCUCUGCCUGCCGGGCAGAAUCUGGACUCACACUUCCCUUUCAAGAGACGAAGCCGUGCAGACGACGAGGAGACCAUGUCGGAGACGGCCUACCCCUCCAGACGAAUCCGCUUCAACAGGCCCUCCCGCUCCUCCUCCAGAGCCAUGGUGCCACUCCAGCGGAUGGGCACGCUGACAGAGGCCUCUUCGGUGGACGUGGUGAACGAGGACCCCAGGCGACCCCGCGCUCCUCCCCUUCCAGCUCCGCGCCGACACUCGGACAACGUGCCCGACGAAGACACUGAAAAAGAAGACGACGGCACGGCGGAGCGCGCAAACCCACCCACGUCGCCGUCUUGGGCCGCCGAGCCGACGGAGCGGCCGGAGAACCGCACGGUGCGGAACCCCCUGCUGAGGAAGCCUCAGUGGAACCCCAAGAGGCAGUGAGGGGCCUGUGGUGGGUCUCCUUGGCAGCAGGACUCCUGGGGAACAUGGCUUUCUUUAAGGGGCCCCGACUGCCGCAUGGAUCCCCUCGUCUGGCUGCUGUGUGGUCAGACGAGCCAGUCGGCUUUAGUUACCAGCUCAUCUCCAAAGAGACUCGAUCCUUCGUGCUACACUGCCAUUGGCUCAUCCGCACGCAUUCUUCGUUGCCAAUGGGCGGCUGUUAGUGCGUUGAGCCUGGAGGUGUUCAGACUGAGUGCGUUCAGGGACUGGAGGCAAUGAGAGGCGUGCACUCUCCCGUGGGAGAGUUUUAUUUACUCUCGACAUGUGAAUUACACAAGAAACAUUUUCUUUUAUUCUUCAAAUACUGGGGUUCCUCACACCUGAUCUCAUGACCCACUUGUUGUGUGAAGUUGUCAUUUAAAUUAAUUUAACAGUUUUAUAGUUAAUUAUCUACCUAUUGUAUGUAGUGUAUAUAGUUGUUUUUAAUUGUUUGUUAAGGCCAUGAUUUCAGGUGUACUAGUUUCUGAUAAUGUAUGGAAUGUAACUAUGCAGUACAAAGCCCUCUUUCAAUGUUUGUCUGUUACAACAGCGGCCAAAAUUGUAAAAAGACCUGUCCAAUGUUUUUUUAACACUGUAUUAGGCCUAAUAAAAAGUGUAAAUCCUUUUCAACUCUGUUCUGACUGAACUAUAGACGGCCAUAAGUCACUGCAUUUUUUUCUCGCAUUUCGUUAGGUAAACAUCAUCCUUUAAUUGGGAGUAGUCAGGAGCACACCCUCUUGGUUAACCAAUGAUGUCGAGCCACCAGGCUCCCCUUACUGCCGUGUGUACUGACAUCAUUGGUUUACCUUCAGCAAAAGUAUGCAGCAGUCUCCUCCUUGCACCCUGGCAAUUAAUGUAUUCUUCCCCAAUAGGCAAGCAGAGAGCUAUUCCCUUUGCAAGGUACGUUCAAUCAUUCCUGAUUCUGCUGUCAUUCAUACCUGUGGACUUGCAGCAGAGACAAGGUAGGCCUACCCUUGAAUCAGGGACUUAUGUUUUAAGGUAAGUUUUACGUUUUCUGCAUUUAUUGUCAAAUUAUUGAAUGAUUGAUUCUGGCAAACAUCUGGGCAGCAUACAUUGUAAGGAUAAAUAAAAACAUCUAAAAGAAGCAGAAAGUCUUUUCAGAACUUUUAGACCUAUCUGUUUAUUGUAUUUUUUUAUCUAUUGGUCGACAAAAUGACAUAUUUUAUUCAAAUAAAACACAGUGUUUUACUCGUGUUUUACUCGUGGAAUGAUCGUGGAUGUUUGACUCCCAGCAAAUGGAUUGGAUUCGAUCCCCAGCAUCCACAUCUUGGCGGGAGACAUCAUUGAGCCUAACCUGGCAUGAUAUUACGUGUUGCGUUGAUUUGAUUCUAAGUAAAUAGUAAUGUCAGCCUAGGCAACCAGUCACGUUCAGCAUCCAUUUGUGAAAGACAAAGCAUAAAAAUAUGUAGGCCUGCAUAUUAUAAGGCUGUCAAUACUUUUGUUGGGUUCUGUCGAUGAUAUUGCUGAAGGCAAAAUGUAAGACGGCUUUAGUGAGUUGGAGAAUGUGCCAAAGAAACGCACAAAAUUCAACAUGGUUAGAAAGGUUUGGCGCUCCACUCAAGCAGAGGCGGUGUCCUCUUUUAUGCGGAGCCAGUCCCCCUUAAACGACAGCUCAAACCACCUUCUGAUCCUAUUGGUUAAUGGAUCUGAAGGUGCUUCGAAGCCGACAGAGCAGAGCAGUCAUAUCGUGGAUG